UGAUGCCCGGUCCAAGCGAUUCAUGAACUUCUAUUAUACUUCUUAAAAUCAUUUUAAAAUGGAGACUGAAAACGGGAAAUCCACACAGCAGUUGACGAUUGAGAUUGAGGGGGUUCAAGAUAAAGGAAGAAGCGUUGUACGGAAAUGGCAGCUCGCCUUUGGUUGCUUGUUUUUUGUGGCAGCAGCAGCUGCAGUAACUUUGGGAUUACUUUACUACUAUAAAGACAAAGAUGACGUCAUCAUCAAAAUCACCGAUGCACCGACACCAGAGGGUCCGAGUGGUCAAUAUCAAUACGCCAAGGCAGCUGUGGCUGCCGAUGCUGGAGCAUGCUCAGAAAUAGGAAGGGACAUGUUGAUGAAUGGCGGGUCUGCUGCCGAUGCUGCCAUUGCAGGGCUCCUGUGCGUCGGUCUCCAUAAUGCGCACAGUGCCGGCAUCGGUGGUGGUUUCUUCAUGAUGCACCAUAACGCUAGGACCGGAACCACCGAAAUGCUGGAUGCCAGGGAAGUAGCUCCAUCGGCUGCCACAGAAGAUAUGUUUGCCGACGAAGCUCCUGACGCAUCUCUAUUUGGCGGUUUGGCCAUUGGCGUUCCAGGGGAGAUAGCAGGCUACUGGCUGGCCCAUCAGCGUUAUGGGGUCUUAACGUGGCAGGAGCUAUUCCAACCAUCCAUUUUAUUAGCUAAGAAUGGUUUUCAAGUUCAGAGGGCACUCGCUUCUGCCAUUUCAGCUCAAGAGGAUGUUAUAAAGGCGGACGCCAGCAUGAGUGAGAUCUUUCUGAACAGUACAGGCGGCCUACUUCGUGAAGGUGAUAUGAUGACGAGACCUAAACUGGCAGAGACGUACAGGAAAAUAUCGCUAGAGGGCGGAGAUGCUUUCUACCGAGGCGAUCUUGCAGACGAUAUUGUAGCAGAUGUUACAGAAAGAGGUGGUAUCAUUACGAAAGAGGAUCUUGCCCAAUACCGAUGUAAGAGAAGAACAGCUCUGAUGAUCGAGGUUGACGAUGUUCACAUCUACUCACCUCCUCCCCCUGGGAGUGGUGCCGUCUUUUCACUUGCAAUGAACAUUCUUGAAGGAUAUAAAUUGAGUCCCGCGAGUAUGGCCAACACUGAAAAUGCGAUCUUAACAACGCAUCGGAUGGUCGAGUCCUUCAAGUUUGCUUAUGCUGGACGUUCUUUCCUCGGUGAUGAAGACUUUGUGGACGUUAAAGAGUUGGUAGCCAACAUGACGUCACAGGCUUAUGCCGACUCGCUGCGUGCGCACAUUGACGAUAACGACAGUCACGAUCCUUCCUACUACACAUCGUACUUCAACCGGCCAGACAGUGGCACGGCACACUUGUCGGUUGUUGACGGCAAUGGGAAUGCCGUGUCUGUGACGAGUACAGUCAAUACAUAUUUUGGCUCUAAGGUCCGUGGUAAUCGAACCGGAAUCAUAUUCAAUAAUGAGAUGGACGACUUCUCGCAACCCAACGCCACAAAUUUCUUUGGUCUUCCACCGUCUCCAAGCAAUUUCAUCCGGCCUGGAAAGCGCCCCAUGUCCUCCAUGGCUCCAGUUAUAGCUAUCAGCAAAGAUGGAACCAUCAGGUUGGUUGUUGGGGCGUCAGGCGGUUCGCGUAUCACCACAGGGGUCGCACAGGUUUCUGCGGAUACAUUAUGGUUCGGUGACGGCAUAAAGGAAGCUAUCCAACGCAGACGUCUCCACCACCAGCUUGUGCCAAACAACGUGACGUAUGAAGCAGGAUACGAUCAGGACGUUAUUGACGGUUUGAGAGAGAAGGGAAACUUCCCUUACGAGUCCGGUAGUAACUGUGUGGUACAGGGCAUACUACGAGAUUCAGACGGAUUCCUAAAUGCAUACAGCGACGACCGGAAAGGAGGCUACCCCGCUGGCAUUUAGAUUACACUCUUUGGGGAAGUUUUGGGGAGUAUUUUGAAUACUUGUUUUUACUAUGGGUUGGCCUAUUGGUAUUUUUUAAAGCUGUUUUAUUAUGGAGCUGGCCAAUCUUAUUUAUGUCUUAUCUAGGAUAUUACUACAGUUAUUUGAAUGGAAUUGAUUUGAACUGGAAAGGAGACUAUUCGACCCGUUUCUUAGACUACACUCACAAGUGGAAAUGGCAGGUAAAGACGACUGUAGGUAAGACUAGCCAGCUGGUUUUAAAAAUUCUUGCAUUAACAUCUUAACUUGGGCUCGAAUCCCCAACAAGACUGGUUUCAAACUUUCAUUUAGAAUAAUUAAGAAUAGUGUACAACAGUGUUUUAUUGUCGAGUUUUUCUGUUUGAUUCUGUGCUCUAGUGUGAAGAAGUUGUUGAGUUUCCUGAUUUGUCUACCAUCUGUAAACUUAAAUGCACUGGACACUAUUAGUAGUUACU